UCAGCGUUCCUAUUUCUCGAUGUAAAAUGUAAGAUGAGCGCAGUCGGGAAAACGCCAUCUCUAUGAGUGCAGCGAGUAACGGGUCGGAUUAGUUCGGAAGGAAAAUUCUAUACCCACCCUCCGCCCGUAGCAGCGAGGAAGAACAAAAGCAUUUUUGUUCAUGAUAGGAAAGUAGUUGAAGCAAAUUGGAAUCUGCGUCGUUGCAGUAGUUGAAUCUCGUCCUCAGAAGUGGAGAGAAAUUUUCUUUGGUCCUCUAGGCAAUGUCUUCCUACGAUAAUGUUGUUGGUGGGAAGUUGAAGCUUAAAGGGAAAGCUCUUGAUGUGAAAGUAGGUGGGGUGAAGAAGAAAAAGAAACUUAAAAAGAAUCAAGACCAAAUAUCUCGAGAACUGGAAAAUGAGCAUCCGGCAGGUGGAAGUGCUGCAAGUGGUGAAAUGGCAAGUGGUGAAAUGGCAAGUGGUGCGAAUGAGGAAGAAAUAGAUGAAGCCAAGAAGUCAACCGAGGAUGGGAAGGUUCCUCACUAUGAUGAUCAUCUAACACCAGCGGAAAGACGUUAUAUUGAACAGAAGGAGAGAAUUGAUGUUCAUAGACUGGCAAAGAAAGCUAAUAAAUCUCAUCGUGACCGGAUCCAGGACUUUAAUCAAUAUCUGGCCAACAUGAGUGAGCAUUAUGACAUUCCGAAAGUUGGCCCUGGCUGAUUUUUCUUCUUCUUCUUCUUUUUUUUUUUUUUAAAUUGUAUUUUGGUUUUUUGGUCACACUUGACUUGCUCAUUUGGAUGGAUGUGUUGUUGGGAAGUAGCCUUUAACCGGAUCGUGUUUAUGUUAACAGAGGGAACAAACCCUUGUUUGUACUUAUUAGAGUGGAUGCUGUGUUCUUGUUGGUAUGGGUAUGGAUAUUGAGACUUCAGUUUGAAACCUACAUCCUGACUGCUUCCCACUCA